AUGAAUUCAACAGUUUCUAUGCAUUCCGUUCGUUCUUCAAUCUCUGAGAGUAGAGUCAAUUUGGAAACGACGAUGAAUACGGCGGAAGGCCAUAUUUCGAAUGUUCCGGCCGACGUCACUGAGAUAAUCCCGAGAAUUACGACAGUGACAGUGAAAGUUGUUCCGGGAAAAACUUGUGGAGUGGUUCUCAACGAUUCUUUGGAUAUUGUUAGACUGGAAAAUGGUUCAUUUUGCGAGAGUGCGAUUCAAGUUGGUGAUCGAGUUCUGUCUGUCAAUCGAAGUCAAUGUAAUAAUCCGAACGAGUUCUAUAGUCUCUUGUACGCUUCUGGUGACACCGUGGAGAUAUGUGUCAAAAGAGAGGAGAAGACGGAGAGUGAGCUCGCAGAUCUACUGAAAGAUGACGGAGACAUGCUCGGGAGUUUGAAGACAAGAGAAGGAUUUACGUACACAGUCACAAGAACCAGAACUGACAAAAACGACAAGGUAUUCGGUUUGACUGUCAUCCAAUACAGCAAUCGAGUUUUGGUUUCGGAUUUGAUGGACGAUUCCCGAUGUGCAGAGUUGCUUGAAAAGGGUGAUCACAUCUGCGAUAUUGAUCGUAUUCCGGUUACAAAUCACAUCGAAUUCCAAAGAAUCAUCGAAGAUAAAUUGAUGACUCAACAGAUUGUCUCACUUCUCAUAGAGAGACCAGAAUCAGAUGAGGCGAGAAAAUGGAUAUCCGAUGGAUUGAAUCAAGAAAAGUCGAACUUUUUGGCUAUAGACGAAGUUUCGGUUGGAAAAAAUAACUGGGUGGACGAAGAUGGUCAGAUAAAGACGAAGAAGCCGAUGCUCGAGCUCUGGAACCCGAAAAUUUCGAACCUGGUCGAUGAGAAUUCUUCUGAAGAGACUAUCUUCUCUGAAGUCGUUUCGACAAUGUUUCCAACUGUAUACACUGAAGAUUUGGCCCGUGAAGAAGCAAUCAUUAAUCAGACGAGAAGAAGUCAGCGAAAACCGUGGAAGUCCACCAAACAAAUAUCUCAAUCAAUCUUGAAGGCGCCGGGUGUCGUCGAGGAUGAGCUAGUUCAACUUUCAAUGAACGAUAAUUAUGAUUUCACUUUCGUGAAUGUAAAUCGAAAAGCGGCUGAUGAUGCUGAGAACGCCCUGAAUAUUCUUCUGGAGAGCAUUGGAAUUGAAGGCAAGCAUGAGCUUAGUUCAUAUGCUCGACUUCCAAUCAAGGGCUACUGUCACUUUAUUAAUUUCUCUGUCUGGUCUCCGAUUGAUGCAAAGAAACUGUAUCGGCUGGUUGGAUCCGAGAAGUUGUGGCAUAAAUUGUUCGUAGAAGGAGUCGUGAACGGAGCAGCUGCUUUCGUUUGGACAAGAGUGACUACUGAGCAAGUGUUGAAUGCAGCCUUGGCGACAACGAUAAAAUCGUUCAACAUUGAAUAUGAAUUAUCAGAGAAAAUCACACAGAUCGAUGGGAAACAGUUGAAGAGAGAUUUAGCAAAUUCCAGAUCAUAUAGAAACAUAAUGAUUGCACUUAAAAAAUGUGAGAUUUAA